UAGCACAAUGUUUUAAGCAACCUUAUCCAGUGGGAUUUUUUUGUCUUUCAAUUUCAAAGCUCCCCAAUCCAAUCCCCAAAAUCCAUCCCUGUAACUUGGGAUUCCGCCAUCUCCGACUUCUACUACUGUUUUCUUACUCAAAUGUCAGCUUCUUCUCUCACAAUGGCUGCAGCUGCAGCUUCAGUUUCGUCUUCUUCUUCUUCUUCUUCUUCUUCUUCUUCUUCUUCACCCUGCAAGAAACUCUUCUUCGCCCAACAUCUCAACCGAAUUCCCUCCCAUUUUUCUCCAAAACAGAAGCCAUUGAAGCUUCUCGAGCUCAGAAUCCAUUUACCCAACAUUUACCCUCUUGCUUUCUCCUCCGCUUCUCAUCUCUACUGUGCUCCUCCUGCAUUCGAGGGACUCGAAGUCUCCGACCCUAUAACAGAAGACGCAGAGACUGAAGAAUCGGACGGAAGCGAGGAAAGCCGGGAGGAAGACGAACAAAAGGUAUCGGCAUCUCGCGACGCAGGGAAGCUUUAUAUUGGAAAUUUACCAUAUGCUAUGACCUCUUCCCAAUUGACUGAGGUCUUCGCCGAAGCCGGUCAUGUGGUUUCUGUACAGGUUAUAUAUGACAAAGUUACGGAUAGGAGUAGGGGAUUUGCAUUUGUGACAAUGGCAACUUUGGAGGAAGCUAAAGAAGCAAUUCGGAUGUUUGACGGCUCUCUAAUCGGAGGGCGUACUGUUCGGGUGAACUUCCCUGAAGUUCCAAGGGGAGGAGAAAAGGAAGUCAUGGGACCAAAGAUAAGAAGCAGCUAUAACAAAUUUGUAGAUAGUCCUCACAAGAUAUAUGCAGGUAACCUUGGUUGGGGCCUUACUUCUCAGAGUCUUAGAGAGGCUUUUGAAAACCAACCAGGGAUAUUGAGUGCCAAGGUCAUCUAUGAUAGGGAAUCUGGAAGAAGUCGAGGUUUUGGAUUUGUAUCUUUUGAAACUGCUGAGGAUGCAGAGUCUGCUUUGGAUUCCAUGAACGGAGUGGAAGUUGAAGGGCGACCACUUCGUUUGAACAUGGCUGCAGACCGGGCCCCAACUUCUCCAGCAGCAUUCACAAGGACUGAGAAUACCAUCGACAGCAAUGAAUUGCUUACGAGUAUCAGUGCCUGAAAUCUGAUGUUGAUAGUUGAGUUGGCCCAAAAAUUAAACUGAAACUGAAGGCUAGGGACUGUUAUCCAAAUUGCAUACCUUCAGGAUUUCCCUCGCAUUCUCUUUCAUUCCUUGCUCAACGACCAAGGAAGCCUAUGUUUUUUUUUUUUUUCAUUGAGUGAUGUGAGUUGAGGGAAAGUGCUAAAAUGUUGCCGCAGAUUAACGAGUAUUUUAUCUAUGACUUCAGAAUUGGACUCUAUGUAUUAUGGAGUCUCUUUGCUCCGAGUUAAUACUACAAUACAUCAGUCUCUCAGCCUUUUCUUC